CCCACGUGGCCUCGGGGUUAUAAGCCCUGCCCGCCCUGAAGGGAACCCCACUUGAGAGCCUGGAGCACAGGGCUUGCUCCGCUGGGCCUUGCAGCAUCAGGUAAGGAUCUGAACCUUCACUUCAGCCCCAACCAGGGGCUCCUCAACUCUUGGCUUCAAGGGGUGAUGAGGGUUUUGGGUUGCAGGCUCUGGGUGGAGACACUUAGGGGAAGGACUUUGAGAAAUUGGGUGCCAGGGUUUACUAGGGAAGCUCUAGGCAAAGAGGUGCAAUAACCCUCAGGUCUGUUGGCCUUCGUGGUGGGACAGCUGCUCAAAAUCCUGGGUCUUGACUUCCCUCUAGACAAGGAAGGUAAAAUGGCUCCUGGCCCCAGAUGACGAAAGGAAGUGUCCAGGGCUUCAACGGAUAAGGGCCGGAGAGUAGGGUGGGGAUAGCAGGGGGUGUCUGGAGGCUGAAAAGUGGGACUCGGUGUCAUUGAGAGGCACUCAGUGUCUCCCUCCCCCCAACAUGGCCACCACCUCUGCUGUGAUCGCCUUGGGCUUCUGCCUAGGGAGCUGUUGGAUGAUGAGGGAGUCAGGGCCUUGGGCUGGUGAGGAGGCUGGGGACAGAGGCCUUGGUGGGAGGAAGCUGUGGCUGCCUCAGUUGGACUCUGGAGGGUGGGUAGUGUGGCUGGAAGGGGUCACCCAGGGCGUCAGAACCGGGGGUCAGAACCAGAGUAGCUAUGGCCUCUACCUGAGUGUUUCCAAAAGUGGGGGGAUGGGGUGGAGCUCUAGGGGGAAGGGAAGAGGGAGCCAAAGAGGAAGUGGGGGGAGGGAGGUGGAGGAGGCAAGGUCUGGCGCCAUGCUGAGUCACCGCCCACAAGGCCCAGAGAAGGCCCUCUGGGGGCCAUAGGGCAGGGUGGCAGGGUCUUAGGAAGACACAGGGAGGGCUGGGGGCUCUCGAAGCAGGAGUCAGGAGGAGGAGCGGGCGGCCUGAAGAGUACUCGCAGACGGACAGACAGACAGUGCAGUCACCCAUAAAGUAGAAAGCACUACUAACAGCACUGGAGGGUGUAGUGUUUCCUACUUUAUGGAUGAGUGUACUGUGGGCUUCGGAGACCACGCCGCCGCCGCCCGCCGCCGACUUUCUCCACGCUCAGGAUCGUGUGUGUGACAGGUGAGCCCCUCAGGCACCUUCCCGACCCAGCCCAGAUCUCUGAAAGGCCUCCACUGCCCCCCACGGCAUUGUCCCUCCUGGUUCUGGCCAACCAGGAAAAUUCCACAUCAGCUCCUCUGCCGCCCAGAGGUCUGGGCGGGCUGCACAUUUGGACUUGUCGCAGCUAUGGAGAGGCCCCCCGCGCAGGGGUCCAGCCACAAGUGGACAGAAUGCCAGGACGAGGAAGAGGCUGAAAAGGAGAGUAGAUGGAGGGGAAUGAGGGGGGUGCCGGGGAUCCCAACACUAAUAAAGAAUGGACUCUUCUUCUGUUUUGUCUGAGACUCUAUUGCUGGGUGGCACGGGGCCGGGAAAGGGGGGGGGGAGGAGGUUGCUGAGUGGGCUUAGCAGGCACAUGGAUGGGGUGGGGACACAGAGGGGUUGGGAAGGAGAAUCACCCACUCCCUUGAGAGAAAUGGUCUUGGCCCUGCCUGUGAGACCAGAAGAGACCUCUGGCCUGGCCUGGCCUGGCCAGCCUGGGGGGGGAAGGAAGGGUCAGGGGUGGGGUGGGGUGGGGUGGGGUGGUGAGACCUCCCUGCAAACCCAGGAAAGGGGGCAGGACAUGGAGGGGAGGGGUUAUGAGGGGCCCUCCUACUUUUUUCCUUUGCUCUGGCCCUGCCCUGACCUCUACUUGCUUUCUACACCCCUAAACUGAAGGCGGCCAACCUCCAGUUCCAAUCCAGGGAAGUCCAGUGGGUCCUUGGUGGUGUAAGAAUUGGGUAUAAACACACUGCGGCACACACACAAAGCAUCUUGUAGAUAAGCAAGGGCACAGAUACUCAUAUACAAAGCAUACACAAUCAUGCAUGUGCAUUUCCACAUAAGGACCCCACACACAGUGGCAUAACACACGUGACAUGGCUGGCAUGUCAAAUAAUGACCCACAGAUAUAGUCACACUCAGGACACAUACAUAUUCAAUAGUAUACACACAUGCAAUGAUAUAAACACGUACGAUGUGUGCUACGCAUAGAAGAGCAGACAAACACAUAGUGAUAUUCGUGUAACAAACACAUUUGCUCCAUACACACUCACUUAUACUGACACAUUCAUACGUGAUUAUAAAUAUACAAUAGAUACAUGGUGGCCCGUAUAUCUAGAUACACAGAUCUAAAUAAAGCCAUGUCAUUGUCGUUACAUAUACUUACAUGACUAUAUGAGAGUGUGUCAUUAUGUGUUGUGUAAUGUCAUGUAACGGCACGCAUAUACAUGUAUUGUGACAUACGUGUUGUAAUUUCUACACUCGAAGUCCUCCCUCAAAUACACAGAAUAGCACGCCCUGUGGCGAGCAGACAUGUAUGCAAUGGGACACACGUAGAAACAUGCACGCAUGUAUACCCAAUGAGACCCACAGAAACAUAAGAGCACGCAUACACACAUACAUGCUUCUGUGUACACACAUAAACUAAUACAACGGCCCCCUCCCACACACACUGACAUAAAUAUAUGCCUAUUCUAUACGCAUACCUGCAAAUAAUGGCAUGCAUAUGUCCCCUGACAUAAACACCAGCGACAUGCGUGUAGUGGUGCACAUGCUGAUCUACACACUACUUUAGGGAAGUGAGGAUGUCACCUCAUCCCCAUGAACUCCUCGGCUGUUCCGUCAGCCUGGGUGGAGCCCACACGCAGGGGCCCUGUGGUUCAGUGCUGCUGCCGCUAUUCCCCAAGGGUGCCACAAGAGGGCCCCCAACCUCGGCAGAGACUGGCUUGUGUGCGGUUGGACUGAGUCCCACGUUCAGAGGGGAAAGGGGCUGCCUCUCUGAGGCCCCUCCCAACACCCCUGUCUCUGGGGACCCCAUCUAGGCCCCCGCCCCCACAUACAAGUUGACUUGUGGGUAGGAGAGUUCCCAUGUCCUUGUCCCCCAAAGCCAUUUUCCCAUAGCACAAAGGCCUAAGGUUAGACGGAAGAUGAACUUCCUUGCCGUUUGGGGCAAAGCCAGCCCAACAGCCUGUGUUGUCCCCCCUGUUGGUGCAAGAAGGCCAGAUUGCCCCCGAAAUGAAGUCUGCCAGGAGGAAGCUGAAGCAAUUCUCUCAGUCAGUUUCUAUCACUGUCUCUGCUUCUAUCUUCCUGUUUUCAUUCUUUUGAUUUCUCUGUCUCUCUCUCUCUCUCUCUCUUUGUUUCAUCUCAAAUCCCAUUUUUUCUCUACCUGCCCCUCUUCAUGGCUGGCUCUGUCUAUCUGUCAUACCGCCUCCUGUCUCUGUCUCUACUGGUCUUGGGCUGGGGCCGAUGUGGGGAGCACCAUCUGCAGCCCCCUCGCCUCAGUACAAGGAAGGCGUAGGGGCGUGUGGGGAAGAGGGGCGGGAGGCCACAUGUAGCGGGUACUGGGCUGGGAUCCCGUGAGGAACCUGCUCUUCCCUCUGUCCCGACCCUGCCUGCUGGUCCAGCCCACCAGUCCAGCGCCAUCACCAUGGAAACCAGCAGCCGACUUCCUAUUGGUGGGCGGGAGAAGACAGGGAGGGGGAGGGGAGGGCUGGCUCUCCCCUGCUCAUCACCCCCAUUCUGAGGCUCAGCCCUCCUCUGCGCCCACCAUCUCGGGGCUCCGGGACUGUAGGGGACCCUUGCAGUCCCCAGAGCUGAGGCCAGCAGGGACAGAGACUAUGAGGCAAGCAGCCCACCGACCCAGGCCUCCUUAGGACCAGCCGACUGCCCAGCAAGCGGGAGAGCAGCAGCAGAGAGAGGGGCAGGAGAUAAAGGACCACAGCGGACGGUCGAGGAUCACCCCCAGCAGCUCCCGCACACCCUAGCCAGGCUGAGGGUCGUGAUGGAUAGCCAGACUCACAGACGCUGACGGACACACAAUGACACCGAUGCACACGGCUGCACAACACUGAGCUGCUCAGACACAACCAGUGACAGCAUCACACACUGCCACAGCCCUGCAAUCCAGACACCCACACACAUACAGAAACAACUGGUAACUCCGAAACCGGCAGACGGUGACACACAGAGCCACUACCCCCAGCACACACGAGUGGGGGCACCUGUCCUCCAAACACACACAAGACAGCGCUGACCUGAACAGACAGGGCUGGAGACACACGCAAACCCUCAGCCAGGCGCUGCUGUUGGUGGCCUCUGCACAUCCUCCCUGCCCCCACGGGGACACCCUCGCUCCUCCACACACCCGCGCACACACAUAGCCACGAGCAAACAUAGCUCGCAUACCCCUAGCUUCAGCUCUGGAAGCUCGGACUCCUGCAGCCUCCUUUGUGGGUGAGGAAGAACAGCCAACCUCGGAUGGAGCCUCGGUGAAGCCAAGAGCUCAGAGAGGAAAGGGUCUGGCCUGGCAUGACCCUCGCCAGCCCCUCCAUUUGGCUGGGUGAUGUCCCCCGGCCUGGGUCCUGGGGCCCCUUGGCAGUAUCAUGGAGCAACUGACACCUCUCCCACAGCUGGGGGACCCCAGAGCCAUGGAGCCGUGGGCCCUGCCCGCCUGGCAGAACUGGACUCCAGGCCAGGGGAGCGAACCCGGAGGCGCAGCCCCAAGCAUUGCUGAGAUUCCGGCAGCUGGGCAGGUUGGAGAGCUGAGGCCCGGGGAGAGCUCCGAGCCGGAGCCUGAGGGAGCCCAGAGCCCCGGGGCUAUGGGGGGCAUUGACCCUGAAGGAACCAAAACCGGGCUGAGCAGCCUGGGGCACCAAGCAGCAAGCUCCAGACCCAGCUGCCCGAGGCUGGAGGACGAGGAGGUGGAGGCUCUCCCUAAGGGCAAGCUGAGCAUGGGCUUUGGGGACAGGCCCAAUCCGGAGCUGCUGAGGGCCCUGGGGGAGCUGCAGCAGCGCUGUGCCAUCCUUAAGGAGGAAAAUCAGAUGCUGAGGAAGAGCAGCUUCCCUGAGACAGAGGAGAAGGUGCGGAGGCUGAAGCGGAAGAAUGCCGAGCUGGCGGUCAUUGCCAAGCGUCUGGAGGAGAGGGCCCGGAAGCUGCAGGAGACUAACCUGAAGGUGGUGAGUGCCCCUGUGCCCCGUCCUGGGGCCAGCUUGGAGUUGUGCCGGAAGGCCCUGGCCCAUCAGCGAGCCCGGGACCUCAGUGAGACAGCCAGUGCCCUGCUGGCGAAGGACAAGCAGAUUGCUGCCUUGCAGCGGGAGUGCAGGGAGCUGCAGGCCAGGCUCACCCUGGUUGGCAAGGAGGGCCCCCAGUGGCUCCACGUGAGGGACUUCGACCGGCUGCUCCGCGAGUCCCAGCGGGAGGUGCUGCGGCUGCAGAGGCAGAUCGCCCUGCGCAACCAGCAGGAGCCACCCCCGCCGCCCCGGCCCCCGGGCCCCGCUGCCCCGGCCAGAGCAGGGGCGCCCGCCCCCGGCGCCCCGGGAGAGGCCAGGCCCCAAGAGGAUGUGGAAAACCCACCCACGGGCCUAGGGGAGCCAGAGAAACAGCAGAGGGUGCAGCAGCUGGAGUCAGAGCUCAGCAAGAAGCGAAAGAAAUGCGAGAGCCUGGAGCAGGAAGCCCGGAAAAAGCAGAGGCGAUGUGAGGAGCUGGAACUUCAGCUGAGAGAAGCCCAGAAUGAGAAUGCCCGCCUCGUGGAGGAGAAUUCUCGGCUCAGUGGGAGAGCCACGGAAAAAGAGCAGGUGGAGUGGGAGAAUGCAGAGCUGAGGGGCCAGCUCCUGGGGGUGACACAGGAGAGGGACUCGGCCCUUCGCAAGAGCCAGGGCCUGCAGAGCAAGCUGGAGAGCCUGGAGCAGGUGCUGAAGCACAUGCGGGAGGUGGCCCAGAGGAGGCAGCAGCUCGAGGUGGAGCAUGAGCAGGCUCGGAUCAGCCUGCAGGAGAAGCAGGAGGAGGUCCGGAGGCUGCAGCAGGCCCAGGCAGAAGCCAAGAGGGAACAUGAAGGGGCUGUGCAGCUGCUGGAGUCGACCCUGGAUUCCAUGCAGGUCCGGGUUCGAGAGCUGGAAGAGCAGUGCCGCAGCCAAACAGAGCGCUUCAGCCUCCUGGCACAGGAGCUCCAGGCCUUCCGCCUGCACCCUGGCCCCUUGGAUCUACUCACCUCUGCCUUGGGCUACAGUACCCUUGGGGACCACCCACCACCCCCCUGCUGCUGCUCUACCCCCCACCCCUGCCGUGGGUCUGGCCCCAAAGAUCUUGACCUCCCUCCGGGCUCUCCUGGGCGCUGCACCCCAAAGUCUUCUGAGCCUGCCCCUGCAACCGUUGUCGGGGUCCCUCGAAGGACGGCCAAGAAGGCAGAGUCCCUCUCCAACUCCUCUCGCUCUGAAUCCGUCCACAACAGCCCCAAGUCAUGCCCCACACCCGAGGUGGACACAGCCAGUGAGGUGGAGGAGCUGGAGGCAGACAGUGUCUCCCUGCUCCCAGCAGCACCGGAGGGCAGCCGCGGAGGAGCCAGGAUCCAGGUGUUCCUAGCACGCUAUAGCUACAACCCCUUCGAGGGCCCCAAUGAGAACCCAGAGGCAGAGCUUCCGCUUACUGCUGGCGAGUACAUCUACAUCUAUGGCAACAUGGACGAGGAUGGCUUUUUUGAAGGGGAGCUCAUGGAUGGCCGAAGGGGCCUGGUCCCUUCCAAUUUUGUAGAGCGUGUGUCCGACGAUGACCUCCUGACCUCCCUCCCUCCGGAGCUGGCCGAUUUGUCCCACAGCUCAGGCCCCGAACUCAGUUUCCUGAGUGCAGGCGGGGGUGGCAGCAGUAGCGGGGGCCAGAGCAGCGGGGGACGCAGCCAGCCCAGACCUGAGGACGAGGCUGCGGGGGACGAGCUCAGUCUGAGCCCCCAGCCUGAGGGCCUGGGCGGGCCCCCUGCUGUGCCUUACCCACGGGGUCUGGUGGUCCUCAGGCAGCUGGCCCACAGUGUGGUGCUGGCCUGGGAGCCGCCUCCUGAGCGAGUGGAGUUACGCGGCUACCAUAUCUGCGUGAACGGGGAGCUGCGUCAGGCCCUGGGGCCGGGGGUGCCCCCCAAGGCUGUGCUCGAGAACCUGGACCUGCGGGCCGGGCCCCUCCGUGUUUCUGUGCAGGCCCUGACCAGCCAGGGCAGCUCCGACCCUCUGCGCUGUUGCUUGGUGGUGGGUACCCGGGCCGGGGUGGUACCUAGCCAGCUGCGGGUCCAUCGACUGACAGCCACGUCUGCUGAGAUCACCUGGGUGCCCGGCAAUAGCAACUUGGCCCAUGCCGUCUACCUCAAUGGGGAAGAGUGCCCCCCUGCCCGCCCCAGCACCUACUGGGCCACCUUCUGUCACCUGCGGCCUGGUACUCUCUAUCAGGCCCGAGUGGAGGCUCAGCUCCCACCUCGAGAGUCCUGGGAACCAGGCUGGGAAAGGCCGGAGCAGCGGGCUGCCACCCUGCAGUUCACCACACUCCCAGCAGGCCCACCUGAUGCCCCCCUGGAUGUGCAGAUUGAGCCGGGACCCUCCCCUGGAAUCUUGAUCAUCAGCUGGCUCCCAGUAACAAUUGAUGCUUCUGGCACUUCCAAUGGCGUCCGGGUCACGGGCUAUGCCAUCUAUGCUGAUGGGCAAAAGAUCAUGGAAGUGGCGUCACCCACGGCAGGCAGCGUGCUGGUGGAGCUGUCCCAGCUGCAGCUGAUGCAAGUGUGCCGUGAGGUGGCUGUGCGCACCAUGUCACCCCACGGCGAGUCAGCUGACUCCAUUCCAGCUCCUGUCCCCCCAGCCCUAGUGGCGGCCUGCCUACCAGCCACGGUCUCUUGCCCCUCACCGCGGCCGGGCUCGGAAGCCAGACCACCCCUCGCUCCAGCCUCCCCGGGGCCUGGAGACCCCAGCUCUCCCCUCCGGCGCCCUGACCCCCACGGAACUCGAGAGCCCUCUGGGGCCCCCCCAGCAAGCCCUCCCAGAGAGGCAGCAAAAGGAUCCCCCGAGGAGCCCCCAGCACCUUGCUCCCAGGAGGAGGCUGGGGCAGCUGUGCUGGGCACCUCAGAGGACGGGAGGGCCGGCGAGCCAGCUGUGGGAGAGAGAGCUCCUGACCCUGCAGCUUCACCGCUGGCCCAGGAAGAGGCCCUUCUGGCACCCUGCUCCACCCAAGGAGCUCUCGCCCAGCGGGUGCCCUGUGCUGAGGCCUGCCGCGGAGGAGAGGCAGGGUCUGGGCUGAGGCCCAGGACUGAGAGGGAGGACACGGCAGAGCUCGGGGUCCGUCUGGUGAACUCCCUUGUGGACCAUGGCCGCAAUUCCGAUCUCUCAGACAUCCAAGAGGAGGAGGAGGAGGAGGAGGAGGAGGAGGAAGAGGACCUGAGUUCCAGGACUUGCUCUUUCCAGAAGCAGGUUGUUGGCAACAGCAUCGGGGAGAAUGGGGCCAAGCCCCAGCCCCAGCCUGACCCCUUCUGUGAGACCGACAGCGACGAGGAGAUCUUGGAGCAGAUCCUGGAGCUGCCUCUCCAGCAGUUCUGCAGCAAGAAGCUUUUUAGCAUCCCCGAAGAGGAAGAAGAGGAGGACGAGGAAGAUGAGGGGGAGGAUGAGGAAGACGAGGAGAGGCCAGGGGCAGGCUGUUCUUCUCGAGACCCCGGCCCACCCGAGUCUGCAUUGCUGGGGCUGGGCUGUGACAGUGGUCAGCCUCGAGGACCUGGCCUGUGUCCCUUGUCUCCAGAGCCCUGCAGGGGUGGGGACCGCCUGGAAGACAUACCCGGACUAGUUGGUGGAAGCAUCCGGAGGAAAGGAAGUGGCUCCCCUGAGAAGCCCCCAAACCGCAGGCGGUCCCCAGAUCCCCGUGAACACUGCAGCCGACUUCUCAGCAACGGCGGGCCCCAGGCCUCCGGACGACCGGGCCCCACACGGGAGAGGGGCAGCCCCCCUGUGGGCGAGGGGACCAAGGGUGUGCCAGAGGCUGGUGGGAGAGGGCGGCCGGCCCCUUCCCGGAGAUGCUCCCGUGGCCGGGCUCCAGAAUCUAGCCUGGCCAGCUGCUUCUCCCCCAAGUGCUUGGAAAUCAGCAUCGAAUAUGAUUCUGAGGACGAGCAGGAGGCGGGCAGCGGUGGCAUCAGCAUCACCAGCUCCUGCUACCCUGGAGAUGGGGAGGCCUGGGGCACGGCCCCCAUAGGAAGGUCCAGGGGGCCUCUGAAGGCCAAUUCGGGCCCCACCCCCUACCCACGCCUUUCGGCCUGGGAGAAGGGGGAGCCAGAGCGGAGAGGCCGCGGUGCGACUGGCAGAGCCAAGGAGCCACCCUCCCGGGCAACAGAGACUGGGGAGCCCAGAGGGCAGGACAGCUCUGGGCGGAGGGGCCCCCUGCGGAGAGGGGCCCAGGCCCCCAGGACGGGCGGUACCGAGUUGGCCUCUCUGAGGAGCCCCCCGGCAGAAGCGCCGGUUUACCAGGACCUACCUGUCCGGGCCUUUGUGGCUCUGUUUGACUAUGACCCGGUGUCAAUGUCACCCAACCCUGACGCUGGGGAAGAGGAGCUCCCCUUCCGGGAGGGCCAGAUCCUGAAGGUGUUUGGGGACAAGGAUGCCGAUGGCUUCUACCGCGGUGAAGGUGGGGGUCGGACAGGCUACAUCCCCUGCAACAUGGUGGCUGAGGUGGCUGUGGACAGUCCCACAGAGAGACAGCAGCUGCUCCAGCGGGGUUAUUUGUCCCCAGAUAUUCUCACUGAAGGCUCAGGGAAUGGUCCCUUUGUGUACUCUACAGCCCGCACAGCUGGGCCUCCCCCCAAGCCCCGCCGCUCCAAGAAAGCUGAGGCAGAAGGCUCUGCCCAACUCUGUGCAGGCCACCCCCAGCAGGUCUCCUCUGCCAGCUUGAAAUCCUCCCGUUCCAUGGUGGCUGCAUUUGACUACAACCCUCGGGAGAGCUCCCCCAACAUGGAUGUGGAGGCAGAGCUGCCCUUCCGGGCAGGCGACAUCAUUACUGUGUUCGGUGACAUGGACGAUGAUGGUUUCUACUAUGGGGAGCUCAAUGGACAGAGGGGCUUGGUUCCAUCCAACUUCCUGGAGGGCCCUGGACCUGAGGCGGGCAGCUCAGACAGGGAGCCUGGGACAUCCCAGGCCGAGAGUCAGGACUGGGCCAGCUCAGCACAAGGGCCCCUACUGCCCAGAGUCUGGUCCUGUGCCCCUGGCCCUGGCAGCUUCCCCACAAUUGAACUGGGGGGGCCACAGGGCACAAGCGAGAAGGUGUGGGGUCUCCUCUCCAAGGGAAAGCAGCUCCUAAGGAAACUGGGCUCUGGGAAGAAGGAGUGAUGCUGUGGCCCAUCCUGCAGGCAGAAGUGGCCCGCUGAGGCCCCUGGGGUCACGGGGUGGGGAAGGCCUUGGACGCCCAUUCUUCUGAGUUAACACUGUGGCACUUGGAUGGGAAUCAGAGACUCUUUGAAGGUCAGAGCUAGAUGAGUCCUCAAGGAUGAAUCCUCUGGAGGGGCACCUUCCUCUUAUAGGAGGGGAAACUGAGCCGCAGAAUGAGGAAAUCACUCAGUCAAGGUUGCUGAGCACCUCAGUCACAGAGCCAGGACCUGUGACUCCCCGUCCAUCCACCUAUGCCUACUUUCCCGCCACACGAUGCUAGUCCCUUCUUUGAUCCUCCCCGCUCCGAUGGCGCAGGCUAUCCUGACAUGUCUUCCUUUCCCUGAAGGCAAGUUUGCACUGGAUCCCCUGGAGCCCCCUCCCCAUGGGGCAGGCGGGCGGAACCCUGUAUAUAUGUACAUACUCAGUGCCUCAGUCCAGCCUCCUCCACCUUGCUUCCACCGCACAGGCCCAGGAAGGAGACAGGCCAUGCCAAAGCGGGCCUAACCCCGCUCCAUAGUGCUCCACCCCUCCCUGCCAGCCCGGCCUCCUGGCCCCUGUGUGUCCCACCCCCAAAGGCCCUGGGGCCAGCGGGCAGAAAGCAGGAGUUGGGUUUGCCUUAUUUUGCUCAUUGGAUUCAACUUCUCGUUUGCAUCAUUUUCCUCUGGCCCCUGUUGGAGUCUGGGGGCUGAGGAAGAGGACAGAUUUAUGCAGCUAUUUUCAUACAUUCCCUGUCCAGAAUGGGGUAGAGAGCUCUCCACCCUUACCCUCACCACCCCCUCUAACCCUGCGGCUGGGUGAGUGUCUCUGCAUGUUUCCUUCACUGUGGUGGGAGAUCGUUCGACUGAACCCCCACCCCCGGCCUUGGUCUCCAGGGGUGUGGAAUGGUGGGGGUAUUUGUUUAAAAAGACAUUUUAUUAUAAUAAAGUCUAUUUUCACAAAAUGCAUGCUGGGCUCUAACUGGGGCAAAGGGCUCCUCGAGGGGCGGGUCGUGCUGGGUUUUGCA